UAAUUUGCUUUUAUUCAAUAAUUUUAAAAUAUGCUUUUAAACAGAUUUAUUUACUUUGAUAAAGUUUCUUACAUCAAUAUGGGUAGUCUUCAACAUAUGACCACAAUAGAAUCCAACAUUUCUGCCACAAGAGCAAAAUGGAUCAGUAACGAGGACAACACAUUUUAUGCGAAUACAUUUUUUCCCCCAUUUUCUGAGUUAAGGAUGGAGGACUCCUGUGAACCACAGGAAUGUAUCUUUUUAAAUGCCUUUAACCAAAUUGCCAGUUUUGCAACUCAGCCCUAUCCUGUCAUUCUUAAUUUUACUACAUCACUUGUUGAAAAAGUUAUUUGGAAGAAACUUUGUCCGACUCCUAACUAUGGUUAGGACUACACCCCUAUUGUAACAACACAGGCCAAGAAUCUGGAAAUUGUCUAAACCCAAAGCCCUAUUAAGCAUCCUUGAUAGCGGGAAGAGUAAUCAUCAUAGCUCUAAACUGCAAGAGGCCUUUUACAUCUCAACAUUAUUUUAAACUAGUGGUCCCCCAAUCUUUUGGGCACCAGGGACCAGUUCCGUGGACAGGUUUUUCCACAGACCAGAGGGGGUAUGAACCUGGGGAGCCCUGUUGAGGAGGGGGGGGGGAGGAAAAAGAGGGAGGGAGGUAAAGAGAGACUGGAGAAAGAAAGAGGCAGGCAGGGAGGGACAGAGAGAGUGGGGAGGAAAAGAAAGAGAGAAAGAAAAGAGGGAGGGAGAAAGAGGGAGGGAAAAAGAGAGAGAAAUAGGCAGGCAGGGAGGGAUAGACAGAGGGGGCAGGAUGGAGGAAAAGAAAGAGAAAAAAAGAGAUGGAGGGUAGAAAGAGAGAGCGCGACAGAGAAAGAAUGAAAACCUGUCAAAUAUAAUUUCUUGUUAUUAUUUAAUGGUCGUCCAUAUUUAUCAUGUUAGAUGAUAACAUUCUUCAACUUAAUUCUUUUAGGAAUAAACAUCCUGCCUAACAAGUAAGGCUAAACUGCAGGACUAAGAGCACAAUUGCUAGAAGCACGCCAGUUCUUUCCUUGACGAGGCGCGCAUCACCGUUAGGAUCGAUCUAAAAUAGCGCGCCUCUCUACGACUCCCGUCGCGCGCCCAUCCAAGCCAAGCCAAGCCUUCGGACGGCCGCUCGUCUUAUUUCCGAGCUCAGAAAGCCGGAGUCCGUGCGUCAAAAGAUGAGUCGCUCCUUUCAUUGGCUGUUCCGAAGGAGACGCGUCGCACCCCUAACAUUGCGGGGCGUGACCAAUAGCCAAGCCCGAUGCGAAGAUCUCGAGAGAGUUGAUCUGAAGCUGGCACCGCCAUGUUGAAAUAGGGAGAGGCCACAGCCAGUUUAUGUCGUUCUUCGGAUUUUUUUUGUUUUUGAAAAGGAACGCGAAGACCUCAAGAAAGCAUUUGGAUCGACGCGUGUCUUAACUUGAUUUGCUCCCUCCCAGAAAUCCCGGUGGUGUUAAAGAGGCAGGCGGAGGGGACGGCAACAAGAGGAUGGUGCAGUCAUGCUCUGCCUACCGUUGCCGGAAUCGAUACGACAAAGAAAAGCCCAUCUCUUUCCACAAGUUUCCUCUCACAAGACCUGAUCUCUGCAAGAAAUGGGAAGCUGCUGUUAGAAGAAAAAAUUUCAAACCAACAAAAUAUAGCAGCAUUUGUUCUGAACACUUUACUCCAGAUUGCUUCAAAAGAGAAUGUAACAACAAACUAUUAAAGGACAAUGCUGUACCAACAAUAUUUUGCCACACAGAACCAAAUGUGAAGUCUGAAGGCACGCAAGAACCACCUGAAGUACCAACGCCCCCUUCUCCUUCACCUCCACCACCUCCGCAAACGUACCCAAGAUUGGUAGAUCCAAGCAUUGGAUUAUUGAUGCCACCACUUCACACUCCCAAUAAUAUUGCUGUAUUUUGUGAUCACAACUAUACCGUAGAGGAUACUGUGCAUCAGAGAAAAAGAAUUCAGCAACUGGAAGAGCAGGUGGAUAAACUGAGGAAGAAACUUAAGACUGCCCAGCAGCGAUGUAGGCGUCAGGAAAAACAGAUUGAAAAACUACGAGAGCUUGUUCAGUUUCAGAAGGAGAAAGACGUGCUGUCAGGCAAAGGUGGUUAUGUGAUUUUGCCUAAUGACUAUUUUGAAAUUGUAGAAGUCCCUGCCUAGAAGGCUAGCAUUGUCAUUUGUGGGACACUGCCAAAGUUAGCCUCAUCAGAUUAAUCCUCCUGUUCAGUUUAAAAAAAGCAAGACUUUUUAGUUCUGUAUAUUAAAUACUUCAGCCCUUCAAAUCAAUAAAAGUUGCUAUAUAAUCAUU